UAAUUUAUUUAGCCCAUGGUUCUCCAUAAACAACAUUUUCCAACUCCGAGCUUCGGCCGUCGUCUUUUGGUUAUCGAUCCUCUGUUCGAAAAUGCCGGCCGUGGGAAUUGCCACCGGUGGCACCAAAAAGGCGUAUCCGGGGAAUCUUACUCUUUAUGUCACUGUGACAUGUAUCGUCGCUGCCAUGGGGGGGCUAAUUUUUGGCUACGAUAUUGGAAUUUCGGGUGGGGUAACUUCGAUGGACUCGUUCUUGGAGAAGUUUUUCCCGUCGGUGUUCAGGAAGAAGAACCAGAAGGAAACGACCAACCAGUACUGUCAGUACGACAGUGAGGCGUUGACGUUGUUCACCUCGUCGCUUUACUUGGCGGCGCUGUUGUCGUCGCUGGUGGCGUCGACGGUGACGCGUAGAUUUGGGCGGAAAUUGUCUAUGCUGUUUGGUGGUAUGCUGUUUUGUUCUGGUGCUAUAAUCAAUGCCGCUGCUAAGAACGUUUUGAUGCUUAUUCUUGGUCGUAUUUUGCUUGGUUUUGGCAUCGGUUUCGCUAAUCAGUCAGUGCCACUAUACCUGUCUGAAAUGGCUCCAUACAAAUACAGAGGUGCCCUCAACAUUGGUUUUCAGCUGUCAAUCACAGUUGGAAUUCUGAUAGCCAAUGUGUUGAACUUUUUCUUCGCAAAGAUCAAAGGUGGGUGGGGAUGGCGCUUGAGUUUGGGUGGUGCUGUGGUUCCUGCUCUUAUAAUCACAGUCGGAGCCUUUGUCCUCCCCGACACUCCGAACUCAAUGAUCGAGCGAGGAUGCCACGAUGAGGCUCGACAUCAACUCAAAAGAAUCCGUGGAAUUGACGACAUUGAUGAAGAGUUCAAUGACCUUGUUACAGCCAGUGUUGCAUCAAACCAAGUGGAGAAUUCAUGGACUAACCUGUUGAAGCAAAAAUACAGACCCCAUCUCACCAUGGCCAUCUUGAUCCCUUUCUUCCAACAGCUCACUGGCAUCAAUGUCAUCAUGUUCUAUGCUCCUGUUCUGUUUGACACCAUUGGGUUCGGAAGUGAAGCUGCCCUUAUGUCAGCUGUGAUCACCGGUUGUGUUUUUGUUUCUGCUACGGUUGUUUCAAUCUACGGCGUCGACAAAUGGGGAAGGAGGCUUCUUUUUCUGGAGGGAGGAAUUCAAAUGCUGAUAUGUCAGAUAGUAGUGGCAGCGGCAAUUGGUGCAAAAUUUGGAGUAGAUGGGGACCCUGGGCUGCUACCCAGAUGGUACGCAAUUGUGGUGGUGCUGUUCAUUUGCAUAUAUGUUGCGGGGUUCGCAUGGUCAUGGGGGCCUCUAGGUUGGCUGGUUCCAAGUGAAAUCUUCCCAUUGGAGAUUCGUUCGGCUGCUCAAAGUGUAAACGUCUCGGUCAACAUGUUCUUCACAUUCGUGGUAGCUCAAGUGUUUUUGGUAAUGCUUUGCCAUAUGAAAUUUGGGUUGUUCCUUUUCUUUGCGUUCUUUGUUCUACUGAUGUCGAUCUUCGUGGCGGUGUUCUUGCCUGAGACAAAGGGCAUUCCAAUUGAAGAGAUGAAUGAGGUUUGGAAGACACAUUGGUACUGGAAAAGGUUUGUGCAUGACAAGCAUUUGGAUGAUGGAGAGAGAGUUGAAAUGGUGAAGGGUGGAGGAUUUUAGUAAAAUGCUUAUUGUGAUUAUUGUGAAGACUUCAGUUUUUGUUAGAGAAGAUGGAUACUACAAACUUUUCACUAUCAGUAUCAAUUUAAUAGUGAU